CGUUCUUUGACAAAUUCUCUUUAGUAAAAUAUCACACGUGUUUACAUUUACUUGAACCACAUUUGAGUGUUUUUAUUUUAUAAAUCUUCAAAAUGGGUCGUACAAAUCGAUCCCGUAAACGACGUGAUGAAAUGAAUAAAAUAAAAAAGGCGCGGUAUGAAGCAAAAGAACUCAUUCGCCUAAAGAAAACUUUGGGCCUUAUAGACGCUGAUGGAAAUGAAAUCAUGAAGGAUGUGUCUGAUGUUGCUACUGUAAAAACUGCAAAAGAGUUGAAACAUGACAAAAAAUCACGCGAAGAACAAGAACUGGAACAUGAAAUCGAGGAACGACGUGAACCAGGACAAAGUUUUACAGAAGUAAAUGAAAAGACUGGGAAAGUUCACGUCUAUAACAGUAAAACAAUGAAGGACCAACAUGGUUCUUAUCCACCCUGGUAUAAACCAAAGACCACAGCUAAGCGUAUGCGUAAGAAGGUACACGCAAUGAAAAAGCGUUUCAAGCAGACGUGGACAACAGCGAAUGUGCCACUUUAGUUAUAGUAACCUCAAUUGGUAACACUGUCUUCUUAGAGUAUAAGUUAAUGAAUUAAAUAUUUUCGAUUCUGUUGUAUUUGAAAGAUAAAUACAUAUAUGCCUAUUUGAUAAACGAG